GCCGCUGCCCGGCUCCUCCACGCCAGCCCAACUCCUCGGGGGAAGGACCCAGCCAGCCGGAGCCGCCACAGCACAAGUACUCUUGCUGGAGUGUCUAAGGGAUGUGAAGUUAGCUUCCAAGAUGACUCUUUUAACAGGAGAAAAUUCUGAUUAUGACUAUAGCGCCCUGAGCUGUGCUUCAGAUACCUCCUUCACCCACACAUUCUUUCCAGAAACAGAAACCCUCAAGGGAGUCUUUUACCAAAGAGCCAAGCUAAUUCACCCUGAAGAGGAUCUCUUUAAAAGCAUUCACUCUGAGGACCGGAAGCAUCAUAUCAUCAUAAAUGUAGGGGGCAUUAAAUACUUGCUGCCCUGGACCACACUUGAUGAGUUUCCCCUGACGCGCUUGGGCCAAUUGAAAUUUUGUAAUAAUUUUGAUGACAUUCUAAACAUUUGCGAUGAUUAUGAUGUGACGUGCAAUGAAUUCUUUUUCGACCGUAACCCGGGGGCGUUUAGGACAAUCCUGACAUUUUUGCGGGUUGGGAAGCUUCGGCUCAUGCGAGAGAUGUGCGCUCUUUCUUUUCAAGAGGAGCUGCUCUACUGGGGCAUUGAGGAGGACAGUCUAGAAUGGUGCUGCAAGAGGAGGUAUCUGCAAAAAAUGGAGGAGUUUACAGAAAUGAACGAAAGGGAGGACGAUGACCUCAUAGAGAAUGAAAACCCAGGCGAAACAGUGGAGGAGACAAGAGCCAGCCUGUGCAUGAAAAAGUUACAAGACAUGGUGGAGAGGCCUCAGUCUGGGCUUCCUGGGAAAGUAUUUGCAUGUCUGUCUGUAUUGUUUGUGACCAUUACUGCAGUGAAUCUAUCCAUCAGCACCAUGCCCGACUUAAGAGAGGAGGAGGAGAGAGGUGAAUGCUCCCAGAUGUGCUACAAUAUUUUCAUUGUGGAGUCUGUCUGUGUGGCAUGGUUCUCCUUGGAAUUCCUGCUGAGAUUCAUUCAGGCAAAGAACAAAUUUGUAUUUCUGAGGAGACCAUUAACCCUGAUUGACAUUAUUGCUAUUCUGCCCUAUUAUAUCACUUUACUAGUAGAUACCACUUCGGUGGGCUUUAAAAAGCCAACCUCUGGCAACAUCUAUCUGGACAAAGUAGGUCUGGUGCUCCGCAUACUCCGUGCCUUGAGGAUUCUAUAUGUCAUGCGGCUGGCCAGGCACUCCCUCGGCCUGCAGACUUUAGGACUCACCGCUCGCAGGUGUACCCGGGAGUUUGGACUCUUGCUGCUUUUCCUCUGCGUGGCCAUUGCGCUUUUUGCACCGCUCUUGUAUGUCAUUGAGAAUGAGAUGGCGGACUCACAGGAGUUUACCAGCAUCCCUGCAUGCUACUGGUGGGCAGUAAUCACCAUGACAACAGUAGGCUAUGGCGACAUGGUUCCCAGAAGCAUUCCAGGUCAGGUGGUGGCUUUAAGCAGCAUUCUGAGUGGCAUUCUCCUCAUGGCAUUUCCAGUCACCUCCAUCUUCCACACGUUUUCACGCUCCUACAUUGAGCUGAAGCAAGAGCAGGAAAGAAUCAUGUUUAGGAAAGCACAAUUCUUAUUAAAAACUAAGUCUCAGCUAAGUAAUGCAUCACAAAGGAGUGACAUUUUAUUUCCCAGUAUCUCUUCUGAGACUAGGGAAAAUGACUGAAAUUUAAGUUACCAUAACUGUCUGAUACUGGGCAAAGUUAUGCAGUCAGAUAUCCCAUCUUACCAUUUGCGUUGGAAGCAUUUAAAGAAAUCUUUAUACAAAUAGCAAGAAGGGGAUUUUAGCCAUCAAGCUGAUAUGGUUUUAAAA